GAUGUGGAACAGAGCGAGGAUAUUUCUCUGUCAUAAAUAGCCACGAAUUCCGUCAGCAAAACUAGUUUUUCAGCUGCUGUUUCUCACCAAUUCGUCCAGUCUGUGCAAAAUGUACAUCUAGGGUAGCUGUAUAUUUUAUAAUGCAUUAGGAAAGUGGUGUUAGAUUUUGUUUUAUUUUAAUUAGUAAAUUUGCUGGGUUGUUGUUCGUGAGCCAAAAUGAAGAAGAACAAGAAAUUUACGACAACGGCGGCCGCCUCUGUUGUUGGUCGGGUCUUCACUGUUGGGAGGUAUCAAGUUACUGUAGAAGAUGUUAUUGCCGAAGGUGGAUUUGCCUUGGUGUUCCUCGUCAAAGCUAGAAACGGACGCCACUUUGCUCUUAAACGGAUGUUCGUCAAUAACGAACAGGAUCUGACCGUGUGCAAACGAGAAAUCAAAAUAAUGGCUAGCUUGACUGGUCAUAAGAAUAUCGUACCAUACAUUGAUUCCAGUAUAACCAAAGGGAACACCGGUGUCUACGAGGUACUCAUUCUCAUGGAAUACUGCAGAGAUGGCCAUGUUGUCCAGCAGAUGAAUGAGCGAUUAAGCACAGGCUUCACUGAACAUGAAGUCAUGAAGAUAUUCUGCGAUACGUGUGAGGCCGUGUCCAGACUUCACCAUUGUCAGACUCCUAUUAUACACCGGGAUCUAAAAGUGGAGAAUAUCUUACUGCAUCCUAGUGGGAGCUACAUGCUGUGUGAUUUUGGGAGUGCGACCGGCAAAGUCUUGGACCCCAAACAACAUGGCGUACAAUCCAUCAAGGAUGAACUGGAAAGGUAUACAACGCUAUCGUACCGGUCCCCAGAAAUGAUCGAUCUUUACUCAGAUACUCCACUCACCACUAAGUCAGAUAUAUGGGCUAUGGGAUGCAUGUUGUACAAGCUUUGUUUCUUCACUCUACCCUUCGGAGAGAGCAGCUUGGCUAUCCAGUGUGCUAACUUCACCAUUCCUGACGCCUCACGCUACUCCAAAGAGAUGCACUCACUUAUAUGUUACAUGCUGGAGUUAGACCCAGAUAAGCGCCCAGAUAUCUUUCAAGUCUCGUACGUUGCGUUCAAAAUCAUGGGAACGGACACCCCGGUACAGAAUCUACAUAAUUCACCGGUACCCGAGGUGGGCAAGCUGCCUUUGCCCUUAACAGAGACAGAGUACCGCCAGCAACAAGACAAUCGUUCUAAGCAGAAUUCCAACAGAAUAGCAGCAACGCCCAUGGAUGUAAGCACGUCUGUUACCCCUCGUCAACGACCCAAGCCCGGUCAAGCUGGUGUAGCCCCAGCUACUGGAGUGUUACAAUUGCCAACUCCUGCAACACGAGGGCGUGGUAAGCCGAUAGCUGCAGUGGCGACCCAGGGAGCAUCAGGCAAUAGAUUGAGUCCGCAGCAAGCCUUUCAAGAACAACAGCAACAACAAGCAGCAGCAGCCCAGGUAGCUCAACAUCGGCAUACACCAACCCAACAGCAGCAACAGCAGCAACAACUGCAGCAACAAAAGAUCCAACAGCAGCAGUUACAACAACAGCAGCAGCUUCAGCAGCAACAACAGCAGCAGCUCCAACUGCAACAGCAACAGCUGCAGCAAAAACAGCAACAACAGCAACAGAUGAAGCAACAGCAGCAGUUACAGCAGCAGCAGUUACAACAACAACAACAGCAGCAGCAGCCAGAGUCGCUGAUGCUGGAGUAUACACCGCAGCAGCUAGUGCAGCAGGCUUACUCGAUGCAGCAGCAGCAGCAACAGCAGCAACAGCAGCAAAGACAGAUGACCUCCCAGCAGUAUCCUGCAGGACCCCAACCACAGUACCCAGGCCCACAGCGCCAUGCUUUCGUACCAGUAAACACAGGUUACCAACAGCAAUACAAGCUUCCUCAGCAGGGCUACGUAGCGCCAGUGCACCAACAAUACCCGCCUGCAGCUGCUGUGUCCCAGCCACAGUUCACAAGACAGCUCAGCCAGCAGGAGAUACAAAUGCAACAGCAACAACAACAACAGCUUCAACAACAGCAGCAGUUGCAGCAACAACAGCAGCAACAGCAGCAGAUUCAACAACAGCAGUAUCAGCAACAACAGUUGAAGUUGCAGCAGCAGCAACAACUGCAGCAGCAACAGUUACAACAACAAAGACUGCAACAGGAACAGAUGCAGCAACAACAACUAAAGCAGCAACAACUUCAACAGCAGCAGUUACAACAACAGCAGCAACAACAACAUUUGCAGCAGCAGAGAUACUCACAACAGCAACUAGCAGAACAGCAACAGUUCUAUCAGCAACAACAGCAGCAACAACAACAGCAGCUAUUAAACACCAGCAGUUUUGCACAGAGCAGCAGCGAUCGUUCAACGUCACCGGGUAAUGGUAGACCCCAGAGUUUCCCUUCGGAGGUCAAAUCUCCCAACCCGUUCCAAAGCCACGGUGAUUUCGCCACACUGUCCCCGGACCAAGUGGUUGACAGUGAGUUUGACAUGCUGAGGAAACCUGCCCCAGGUGAUGAACCUCAACGUACAUCUCACACGGAUGUGUUUGGCGCCUUGCCGUUUACCAAAUCAGAAGGUAGCCCAAGACCGAGUAGUGCAAUUGAGCUAGACAACCUUGCCAUGCGGGGGACCAGUCAGACCUCCGCCCAACAGCAAGGCGAUAACAGCAUUGAUGAAUUCGGUGCACGUCCGUUUUUGAGCCCGCCAGUAACCAGCCCGACAGACAUGGUGGUCGGGCAACCCUCAAUUACAGCUUCGGGGGACGUCCAACGGCCCCCUUCCGGAACCAUGGACGAGGGGGCGGUGCAGAAAAAACACAUCAUCCCUGAUCUCGUGCUUCUUGGUGACUUUAACGACGACGUUCAAUUGGGAGAUAAUCCCGACAAAGAUCCAAUGUUAUCGCUGGAUUUCGCUAACCCACAGCGUCAACUUGACGAGUUUGGAGCGUUGCCAUUUUCACCACGGCGGAAAGUCAGCGAGUCGAGUAGCGAGAGAGACGACAGAGCCACAGACAGCCUACGGGAAUUCAGUUAUGAGGAUUUUGAUACUCAAUCGUUGGAGACACGGAAAGAUGAGGAGCGUCUCCACCGACGGCUUCUGGACAAGGAAGAUUCCUCCGAUGAUAAUUCUGAUGAAGAUUCAGAUGAUCAUGACGACACUGAGACAAGAGGAGUGCUAGUACUUGAAGAGGACUUAUCUGAUGCCGAGCUAGCUGGUUUAAAUCUUCGCGAUCCUAACCCCCCUGUCGGGAAUCUCAUUGACAUGGGAGAGGAAGAUGACCCCUUUGUCAAGGCACCCUUCAAAGCAGUUAAAACUUCGGGAUCAACUAAAUCCAGAAGUGAGCCUCUUAGCUCCUGUACCCUCACUCCUCCUGUGUCGCCUCCAAUGCAGGUGAAUAAACCAGACCCUUUCAUCGAGGCGCCAUUUGACCCUCGCAGCGUCCAGCGCCAAGGAAGCCGUACAUCAUCAACCUCAGAGAGCUCUGAUGUCUUCUCUAAAGCUCCUUUCCCUUCUAAGAAACGACCAGACACCCAGCAAUCCACCACAGGAGCCCAUAAACCUAAAUCUCAACGCUCCAACACAGACCUGUCGGCAACUGGGAACCCAACACCCCCUCUGUCGCCAACUGAGAUCAACCUGUUUGGCAAGGAGACCUCGAAGCCAAGAAGUGACGCCCAGAAAGCUGAGGAUAUAUUCGGAGCAGUACCGUUUGAAGCUGUGGCUUCUACGCUUACAGUCAGCGAAGAGCAGCCACUCCAGCAUCAUAAACACGAGACCGCCUUUCAUCAUAAGAGACCUCAUGUAGUCAGCACAGCCGGGGGUAUCAGGAGAGCUGGUCGAACCGCAUCAGGUAGCAGACGUAGACGCAGUGGAAGUAACAGCUCUCGUUCCUCCCGCCGUAGCAGCUCAAGCUCAGCCUCCAACUCAUUGAAGUCCAGCCCUGGAAGCCUCCCACGUCAGAUUGGUUCACAGGAGAGCCUGGACGCCUUCGGAGCCAAGCCGUUCGGAUCAGAUGAUCAGAGCGCGGCGCCGACGUCGUUGUUACCGAAAGCAAAACCUGUCCGGUCGAGAGAGCAUUCGUUUGAUGAUGACUUCACACCUCGAUCACCACUUGAGGAUUUCAGUAAGCCCUCCUUAGCGUCUGGAGAAGCAGCGUUUCCAGAUGAUCGAGAUCCGUUCGGUGCCGUGCCCUUUCAACCUCCUCGAGUCACUGGUGAUGUCAAACGACAAGGAGCACAGAAAAGGGUCCUCCCCAAAACACCACAAACCUUUCAACAGACUAGCCUGUGAUUAGCUGACAGGUCAAAGGUUAGGUAAGGUUUAAAGGUCAUGUAUUGAGUGCUUAUAAAUACAUGCUAUGUGAUUAUUGUGUAGAGGUUAAUGUUUGUCAAAUUUGUUACAGACUUGUUGUAAUCAUUACAGCGAACACUAAGACAAAAAUGUACUCAGAAAUGGCGUAUUUCAGGAAGAACUUUAAUGAUUUCAGUAUUAGUUUUGUGGAAGGUAUAGUGGGCGUGGUUCUCCCCUUGGUCUAGAGGAUGAAGCCACUUGAAGUGUUAAACUUCACAAAGCAUAGGCCAAAUGUACUCUUAAACCAAAAACUGUGGGUUUUUUUGAGGGGGAGGGGGGUAGGGAUGAGGAAUAUUUUGCAACUCAUGGUAGAUUUGUUUGUGUAAAACUGUAAAACUGAGUACUUUGUUGAAGUGAAGUUUUUUCAGAAAUGCACACUGUUUAUAAGAAAAAACAAUAAUACAAAAUCAGUGUAUGUUGAAUCUUUAUAUUAGAUUACUAAAUUAUACGCUUGAAAAAAAUUUGUAAUUACCGUCAACAAAUUUGGCAAGGUAUUCUUCAUUUGGACAGGUAGUGUUUAAAUUUAGCAAGUAAAAUUUAGGUAAAUAAUUUGGUUUUGUUUAAAAUGUUUAAAAAAGUGUCUUAUUUCAUUCUUUCGUUUUCUGGAGAUGAGUUUGAAAAAAGCACUCCACACAGUAACAUCACAUUUGCCUAAAAUACCUGCAUUUGUGAGAUAGACUUCGUCAACCAUCCUGGAACUAGCGAGACAUUACAAAUCUGGCACUUCUAUUUUAGCAUUAGUGCCGCAUGCACUAACAAAAUUUGAAUGUUGGAUUUGUUUGAUCUUAAAUAUUCAAGUUGAUAGAGUUAAACAUUUUCCUAUAUUUGGGGGGUGGGGUGGGGGGGGGGUUAGGUCUGUUGUCAAAGAAGGCUAGGGAGUCUAUAGACUCAGAAUGGUUGCCAUAGGAACUCAUUAUAUUGAAAUAUCUGGCAAGUUUAUUAGCAGCCAAGGCUUACCCUUUGGAACUAAUCUUGGAAAAGCCACGGAAUGAAGCCAUCGAAAAAUGAAGACCGCGUUGAACUAUUCCAGAACUGAAUGAAAUAGAACCCCAAGUGCAGCCUGAUCCUGAGACUGUAGACUUUCCCUAGUCCUUCGAUUAGACCACUAAGAUGCUGUCUAGUAUGAUAUUAUUUGUUUUAUGUAGGCAGGACUAGAUGUUUGUCUAUUUCCAAUUCUUAUUUGCAUACCAAGAUUAAGACACUACGUGUAGAUUUUACAUUGUCUUAGUUUGGGGCAAACUCAGUCUUUUGUUACCUUGACCCAAUUUCAUAGAGCUGCUUAAACAUAAAAAGUUGCUAAGCACAGCAAAGUGCCAUUUCACAUAAAUGUAACUGUUAUCCUGCUUAAUUGUGCUUAGCAGAAAAAUGUUCAGCAUUGUUUAGGAAGCUCCAUGAAAUUGGGCCCUAGCUACUAGGAUUGGAUAGCAAAAGUAUGACUUAACUUCCCAAUAUUUUGAUUAAUUAUUACUUUGAUGAAGUAUUCAUUGUUAAAACUUACUUUCCAAUAAACUUAGUUUCAGCUACAAUUUGAUUUGUCUGGUGCCUCGCCACCAAGUAGAUGUUGCCAGUUCAUAACCAAAAGCAUUGACAGGCACGAGUCUACGUUUGAGGGUUGGGAGAAUUUGGAACUGAUAUGGCUGACCUCUGCAUUCUGUACUGAUGAAUUCUCCCUACCGCACCAGCUGAUCUCAUCAUAAUUAUUAUAACUUGAUUGACCAAAUUUUUUUGUAAAAACCUUUUUUCUGAGAGGUAUGAUUUUUUGUUUUGUUUUGCCAAUGCAAAUGUUUGAUAGAGUAUUUGCUUUUGAACUUGCCAUCUAUGUAAAUGAGUUUAACCACCCAUGUUUGAAUAUGCUUUACCACUUGACCGGAGGAACCUGUAGUGGGUUCCCCUUAUGAUUGUAAUUAUGCAUAAUUCAUGAGGUCAUUUAAAUAAUUUACAUGUUGUGUUACUGAUGAAUAUUUAAUGUUAGAAUUAAAAGUAGGAUUUUUGUUGACUCUCCAGUGUUAUCCAGUGCCAUGUGAAUAGUUAAAACUGGUGGGAGUGACAAUGGCAUGGAAAAUGACAGAUUUAUAAAUAUCUUAAAAUUACUUCAAAUUGAGUAGAUUAUUGGCCAAUUCUCGUCAAGAUUGUUAACUGAAGUUGUCUGCUUAUGGAGAGCUAUGAAGCAGUUUUUCUUUAACUUUGUUAUUUGCUUAUUUUAAAGGCAAAGUAAUGAUUGCUCAUUUAAAAGUGGGGGGUAUCGUUAGUAUCAAGAUAAACGUCACUACGACCCUGACAAUGUUUGAUGACUCUUUCAAGAUGCCGUGAUUGUCUCUUUUUUUCUGCAAUGAAUUGAUGGGUUAUUGGUUGUUAAGCUUUUGUUUUCCAGUUGUUCGCAGUAUAGCGUUUCAAUUGAUAUAAUUGUCAUGUUGAGGUCAAAGUUCAUGGCCCUGCUAUGUGGAAGGUAUAAAAGGAAAUAUUAAUCAUCAACAACGGUGAAUGACAACUUGUGAUUGCUUGAGGCAUGCGUGAUGCAUGGUGGUAAAAUACACCAAUGUCGGAUAUUAGCAAGGAGUAGAAGCACAUAUACUUAACACUGCUAAGCAUUCUGGCUUAAUGCAGCUAGCGCUUAUUGAUGACUGUUAACACAGAAUUUCCCAGUAAGCAGAACCAUGAAAUUUAGUCUUGAUGAACUUUAAGCAACCCAAAGCCUUUCACUGUCUAUACCUGCACCUUUAGCAGCAUAAACCGUUUAGUUUUAUAUAUACACAAAAACAGUAGAGGAAACUUAUUAAUGUAGGUAGGUCACAAGAAAUAGUGUUAUGGGAACACUACUGUGCAGCGGGUUAAUAAGUUAUUAUUUUCCUAAGUGUUAAUCAACUUGUUCUGGAUUGAAAUUUUGUUAAGAGGGACUCCAAGGUCAAAUUCAGUUUUGUAGAAGAUAGAGUUCUUAUGAAAGAGGAGGGGCAAAGGGUCUUUAACCUCUGGUAAAAUGGAUUGAAAGCAAAGCAAGCACAUCACAAACUUCAUUUGCUUUUGGAGCCCCUUCACAAAAAUAAUUAUUUUUGUGGUGAUGUUGCAAUGUAAUUUAUUGCAUUGGGUCAUGUUUGUGAAAAGAUUUGGGAUGCGAUUGUUCACAUUAUUGUGGGUGGAAGUCUCAAUUUUUGUUCUAACCCUGGGCCCACUUUGAUUAAGCUGUUAAGCAGCAAAUACUACCUGUGCUAAGCAAAAAUGAGUGAGGCACUAGUCGCAACAGUGUCAAGUUGAUGGAACUUUCGCUGGUACCCAGUUUCUGCUAAGCAAGAUUUGUCUGUGCUUAGCACAUCUUUUGUGCUGACAGGCUUUAUGAAAUUGAGUCCAUGUGAUGCGUUUAGAGUAUUCUUAAGUAAUUUUGUUUGUUGUUAGGUUAAGGGUUUCUUCGUACAGACUUGGAAGGGGAAGGCUAGGGAUUCUAUAAAUUGUUCAUGUCUGUAUUAGCGGAUGCAUUAUUUAUUAUAAUAAAUGCAUAAUUUAUGUAACUAAACAAAUCCCUUGCAUUAUUCGAUAUAAUUAAUAAAUUAAUUAUUCAUGAAAUAUCUUAGUAUUUACUAGCAUUGAGGGACAAGACAAACAUAAUUGUAAUAUUAUAAUUAAAAAUGUAUUUUAUGAUGUUUACCAAUAAAAAAAGUAUA